AUUGUGGUAUAUGAAAAUUGUUUUAGAAACCUUAAUAUCCCUUUUUCUUUUUUCUUUUUUUUAUUUUUUUUUCUUUAAAUAAAUAUUGUUAGUGGUUGGGUACGAGGACAGGCCAAUGUUUUUCUGUGCCAAUAUGCUAAUAUUCAACGCCGGUUUUGCAAACAAAGAAAACAAAAACAAUGGCGGAGAGUCGAGCCGUUUCCUAAAUCUCAGUUUCGGUUUCUGUGCCUCGUUUCGUGCUUAUCUUGUCGGAUAAAAGCAGACCCACAAACCAGAUCUGAGUGCAAAGAAGUUCACUUCUUUAUUCUUCAAUUUUCUUUAUUAUUAUUAUUAUUAUUAUUAUUAUUAUUUUUUCUUUGCAAUGGAAAUCUGCUUAAAGCUUCCACAGCCCGUGGUGGGUAUCUCUUCAUUGUCGUCUCAAUGCGCUAAGAUUCAGAAACAAAAUCCUCUAUUUCCAGCUUUGAUUCACAAUAGAAAUGGAAGAAGCUUGGGUUGUAGUGGGAGCACUGGACUUCGGUCUCUGCCCAUUGUCAGUGAAAAUUCAAGCCCACCUGCGACUUCCUUCAGUGAGUUGAUUGACUCUUUAAUAACCGGCGUGGAUUUAUCAGAGUCACAGGCUGAAAAUUCAUUGAAUAUCUUGUUGAAUGAGGCUGAUGAGGCUUUGAUCAGUGCGUUUCUUGUACUGUUGAGAGCGAAAGGAGAGACUUAUGAGGAAAUUGUGGGAUUGGCAAGGGCAAUGAUCAAUAAUAGUCUGAAGGUAGAAGGCUUAACUGAUGUGGUGGACAUUGUUGGAACAGGUGGAGAUGGUGCAAACACAGUAAAUAUAUCCACCGGUGCUUCAAUACUUGCUGCAGCUUGUGGUGCCAAAGUUGCAAAGCAAGGAAACCGGUCAAGUUCGUCUGCUUGUGGAAGUGCUGAUGUGUUAGAAGCACUUGGAGUAAUUAUUGACCUGGGCCCUGAGGGGGUAAAAAGGUGUAUAAAUGAAGCAGGAAUUGGUUUCAUGAUGGCUCCAAUUUAUCAUCCAGCAAUGAAGAUUGUCCGGCCUAUCAGAAAAAAGCUAAAAGUAAAAACUGUGUUCAAUAUAUUGGGCCCAAUGUUGAACCCGGCAAAUGUACCUUUCGCUGUUGUUGGUGUGUACACUGACGACUUGGUCCUCAAGAUGGCUAAAUCUUUACAAUUAUUUGGUAUGCAAAGAGCAUUAGUUGUUCACUCAGAGGGCCUGGAUGAGAUGAGUCCCCUUGGACCUGGGCUGAUCUAUGAUGUUACACCAGAAAAGAUUGAGAAGUUCUCCUUUGAUCCAUUGGAUUUUGGAAUUCCUCGUUGUACCCUAGACGAUUUGCGAGGUGGAGACCCCCAGUAUAAUGCUGAGGUAUUAAAGCGUGUACUGUCAGGGGAGAAGGGUGCCAUUGCAGAUGCACUUGUCUUGAAUGCUGCAGCAGCUCUCUUGGUUAGCCGCUGUGUGAGCAACUUGGCUGAAGGAGUUGCUCUGGCCCGCGAGACACAAUUAUCAGGAAAAGCUAUGGAGACACUUGAUCAAUGGAUAGACAUCUCCAAUAAAUUUUAAAAGUAGAGACAUGUUGAGGAGGUCUGGUACUUGGUGUGAAUAUAUCUAUCGCUUGUGGAGCUGUAGAGACUGAAAGCCAUAUUGUUCAUCAUCAUUGUCAAAGACAACAAUGUUCAAGGCAAAUACAAUAAAAAAUAAAUACGUGAAAGGAUUUUAUGGUGUUUAAAUUUUUGAUACGCUGGUGUCAUGGUUGAUGUCAUGGUUGAUCAUCUUCUAGUGCCAAAUCAAUUUACAUAUAACAAAUAAUUGUAUUCUGCUUUUUAACUUCAUAAAAUAUGUCUUGAUCUUUUUUUC